UACCCACUCAAGUGUGUGACACCUAAAAAAAAGCAAACUCAACUAGUACCAGAAACAAUUGCCUUUGUUAGAGAGAGAAACCAAUUUUAUACAGAGAGAGAUGGCCUUUCCUAAAACGUCCGCCGUGACAACUGUGGUGGUGGUGGUGGUGGUGGUGGUUGUGAUGGUGGCGACGAGAGUGGCGGAGGGCCAAUCAACGCCGUCAUGCGCGCAAAAGCUGGUGCCUUGUGCGAAUUACAUAAACUCCACCAACCCACCCGCUUCGUGCUGUGACCCACUUAGAGAAGCAGUGACACAAGAUAGAGAAUGCCUGUGCAAUCUCUAUAAUACCCCUGGCUUGUUAGCCUCUCUCGGCAUUAAUGUCACUCAGGCUCUUCUUCUUCCUGGCCACUGUAAUGUCCCCGGAAAUACAAGCGCCUGCACCAAAGCUACGACUCCUCCCACUUCCUCGUCUGUACCAGCUACUGCUACAACUUCGACUGUGCCAGCACCUCCAAGCAAUGGGGCCAAGGUUGCAUCCAUGGGAACAUCAAGCUUACUACUGUUCUGCGCUUCUAUGAUGCUUUAUUAGGGUAUUUUUCCAUCUUCGGUAAACUUUUGGAAUAAUUUCAGUAGUAUGUAAAGGAAUUAGCACACGGAGGUUUUCUUGUUUGCUUGUUUCCUGUAAUCUAGUAUGAGUAUCACAUUGGCUUGAGUAGUGCUGUAUCCAAUACUUUACUAAAUAAAAUUUAUGUAACUUCACCAGUUUAUGUCAA